AUGGAGCUCAUUGCUAACCAAUCCAAAGGAAUCCAAACCGCAUGGCUUUUAUCCACAUUAGGAUCAAAGGCAUCUUCACGAGGCAAGAUUAUAAGAAAGGAUGAUUUGCUAAAGAUUCUGAUACCUGACCUCUGCACUGAGUUAAUAGAGUACCACCACAGAGAUGGGUCUGAGGUCAACAUUCGAUUCUCCUCUAAUGUGUUGCACGGAAUUUCCAUCUUGUAUGGUUCCAAAACUGCUCAAGUGUUGAGUGAAGUGACACAAGUUCAGUUACGUUUACAGAGUUCGUUCCUUUAUAUGGCAACAAGGCCCAAUGAUCAGUUAGUAAAACGUGGAAGAGCUAAUAGUUUGAAGCGGUCAGAAGUUUUGGGAAAUGACCAAGCUUUUCAAGUUGGAUGGGAUUUGAUGCCACAACUGCAAUUAUCAGGAUUGGGAUUUGAUGUUGAUGAUGAUGAUGAGCCAGAAGUGAAACGUCGCAAGUUGGAAAUUGCAGAGUUUGACUUGCGGGAAUUUUCGAUAUUUGAUAGCACAACGGGAGUUGAUACCGGUUGUAUAACAGGGUUGGGUCAUUUCGCUCUAGCUAUUGAUCGUCAAACAGAUGCCAAUUUUGAAAACGUUGAAUUGUCGAUGCAUGUGGAUAACAACAAAAACAAUAACAACUCAGAUGAUGACCAUGAUCAUGUCAAUUUGCAAUUUAACGAAGAUGGUCAAAUUUUAGAGACUGAGGAACUCGAACCAGGUAUUGAUCAUAUUUCUCUGGUGGACAUCGAAGUGGAACAUUCCCGUAGAGGGGUUGACUUGUGGCAGAUUACUGAAUUGCUGCAACAAGAGGAUAACGAUGACGUCAAUGCUACACUCCAUGAUUUGAGUUUCCAACAAGAAGAUGGACUUGAAGGGCGUGGCACUAAUCUUCAACCAACAACACGGCGCUCAUUUCGUGUUCCCAAACGCAAACUAGUCACUGAUGAAAAUAUAAGCUUGACCAGAGAUUUCAUAAUUAAUCACCACGAUAACUAUACCACAAUCAUGAACUACCGAGCUUUCAACGUGCCUUUUGGGCGUGGGCGUCAACUUCAACAAGUGUACCAGCUGCUCAACUCAACUCGAUUCCGACCAUGGGUAAACGGGUCCUCUGUACGUAAUUUCAAUUCUUCUAGUAUAGAAGAAACUAUUAAUCGAACAAUGGGGAUACGCCACCGAACUGAAAUUAUGGCACAUGAGGCUUCUGAACAAGCCAGAAACUCUCAAGUGCUAAUGGAAAUGGAAAGAUCACGAAUGUUGCCAAGUGAUGAUGACUUGAGUCAUGACUUGGAUCAGGUUGACCUUCGUGGGGUUGAGAAUGAUGAGACAAACUUUGAUGCUGCAAUGUUGGACUUGGAUUUUGACUUGGAUGGAAGUCGUGGAGAAGGAGACGGCAAGAACGACGAUGACAAGGACGACGACGAUGAUGAGGAUGAUGAUGAUUCGUUCCAUCAAUCAAGUAGUUUUAGUUUGUCGAGUGAUGGUGAAAAUUUGCAGCCGCAUUUGAUCCCACGAUUAAAGAAAUUGGUCAAGUAUUUUGUUCAAAGACUGGUUGAGUUGGGCAAAGCUGCUGAUUCUCAGGAAGAGAGUUAUCAUUUGACUUUCAAAGAGUUGGUUCCCGUGAGGUAUAAUAAUGAAGCCAAUACGAAAAGAAUUGCGGCUGGAGCAUUCUCGAGCGUUUUGUUUCUUACCAACAAGAAUAUUGUCCUGAUUGAUGUAAAGUCUGAUACAAGUACAACAAAUGAGUUAUUUUUGUCAAAAUCGAACGACAUUCACUUGACUUUGUAUAGGACCAUCAAGUGA